GUUUAUAUGCUAAAUUAUCUAUAUAUUUUUGACACAUUAUAUAGACCGUAAUGAAGCACAAUUUAAUUGAUAAGAUGUUUUUCUUCGAUAAAUAAGUCGAAUAUUUGAGUCGCUACGAGAUGCCAAAACCAUUAGCCUGCAAGCUCGUGGAGACACGCCACAAGCAUCACAAAUAUUGCGUGUAAAAAUACGCUUAACAUACUGCAGCUUAACGCAAGCCGCGUGCCAUCUGCCUCAGCCACAAAAAUUAAGCAAAAUAUCCUGCAAUUAUCUACCAUUAUGCUUCAUGUCCCAAACUUGUGGAUACAAAGCUAAAACAUUAAAGUGGGGCCCCACUCCAUUUUCCACAACACAAAACAACAAACCCACAAUUUUGAAAAGAAAAACAAAGUAUUUAUCAUCCACGCAAAUAACUGGAUGAUCCUUACCUUAACCAAUUUUCUUGAUGAUUUGCUUCCUGUUCUUGGCUUCAAAUUCUGGGAGAGGUCUGUGUUCAGUUUCAGUGUUUCACGGCCAUUAAUCUGAAAAAAACAUAAAUGCUACGAGUGAACUGUAUAGUCUCAUGUGGUAGACAUGCCAUUGCCAAGUAUGGAAACAGCUUCAACACAAUAGUUCCGCACAGGAGAAAUGAGGUUUUGCAGGGAAGGAUAAGAUUUAGAGUGAGAGCACUGAAAGAUGAAAAGAACGGAGGCAAAGGUGGAUCACCUGGUCAGAGCUGGGAUCCUGGCUUGGAGAUUGAGGUGCCGUUCGAGCAACGCCCGGUAAACGAAUACUCAUCUUUGAAGGACGAGACUUUAUACUCAUGGGCAGACCUCAGCCCGGGGUCGUUUUUCCUACGUCUUGGGGGACUCUGGUUUGUCACUUUCACAGUCCUGGGAAUACCUAUUGCAGCUGCGAGCUUCAAUCCUGCAAAGGAUCCUUUACGAUUUGGCCUCGCUGCAGGCACAGGAACCCUAUUUCUCGUUUCGCUGAUUGUCCUGAGGAUUUAUCUGGGAUGGAGUUACGUUGGUGAUAGGCUUUUAUCAGCAGUCAUACCGUAUGAAGAGACUGGAUGGUAUGAUGGGCAGAUGUGGGUGAAACCACCAGAGAUCCUUGCUCGAGAUAGGUUGCUUGGCUCAUACAAGGUUAAACCAGUCAUCAAGUUGCUGAAGCAGACUCUAGUUGGAACUGGAGCUCUGCUUGUUGCAGCUGUUUCAUUGUUUAUUUUUGCAACACCGGUAGAGGACUUCAUCCAAAAGACCUUUGUCCAGAAAGAAAAUCUGUCCAAUAUCUCAACUUCAAAGACAGCUGAUAAGUUCAAUAUAAGGUGGAAGGAGGAGCUGCUAAGAUUGCCAGUUGAGGUGCUGUCUGACAAUGAUCUAGCAGCGGCAGCUGCGGAAGCUGCUGAUGGAAGGCCUGUCUAUUGCAGAGACAGGUAUUACCGUGCCUUAGCAGGUGGGCAAUACUGCAAGUGGGAGGACCUACUCAAGUAACAGAUUAAAGAUGAACAACUAUUCAAUUUUGACACCAUGCACAAGGCCAAUUGGCCAUAUUAGCUGGAGCUAGAGACCAUUUGGAAAGCAUCAGAUACAUGUCAGAAAAGCAGGAAACUGCUUAACUUCAAUGUGGAAAUUUUGUAACAUAAAAUGAAUAUGGUUCAGUAGCUCCCAGGACCCAGAUAGAACUCCCUACUUAUUCAAGACCAUAAGACAUGCCACAAUAUAGCAUUAAGCAUAAUACAUUAAUACCAUGUUGGGAUCGGGGAUCUGUACCACCCCCGUUUCCAUCAUAUAAAAUCUUUACAUGCC